AAAGUUUUAGCUCUAAGUUAAAGGGAAGGAAGAGGACCUUUCACUAAAUCACAGAGGGGUGAGUCAGACAGACAGACUACAGACAGAUCUGAGCAGGGAAUGCUGCUAAUGAGGCGGCUGUAGACUUGGCAAUUGUAGGGCAUUCCUAUGAAGGAGGUAGAAGAAACAGUAUGAAGGUUGAAUUUGCUCCUCUUAAUAUCCCAUUUGCUCGGAGGCUGCAGACUGCGGCCGUUUUACAAUGGGUGUUCAGCUUUUUGCUUCUAGCACAAUGCUGUGUGGGGAUCUUCAUCAUGCUGGUCCUAACAAGAUUUUGGCUGUUUGUUUCUCUGUAUGUUCUUUGGCUCUACCUCGACUGGGAGACUCCCCAGGCUGGGGGCCGCAGAGUCCAAUGGGUUCGCAACUGGAGUGUAUGGAGGUUCUUUAAAGAUUAUUUCCCAAUUAAGCUUGUGAAGACUGCUGAUUUGGAUCCACAGUACAACUACCUCUUGGGAUUCCAUCCUCACGGGGUCUUGGUUGCUGGUGCCUUUUCAAACUUCUGUACUAAUUACACCGGCUUUUCAGAGUUGUUCCCUGGCCUGACCCCUUACUUGCAUAUCCUUCCUUUCUGGUUCCGUUGUCCUUUCUUUCGGGAGUACGCCAUGAGUGUUGGUUUGGUUUCUGCCUCUAAGAAGAGCGUCAAUUAUGUGCUUAGCAAAGAGAAUGGCGGCAGUGCUGCGGUUAUAGUGAUUGGGGGAGCAGAAGAGUCCUUGGACGCACAUCCUGGAAAUCUCACUCUCCACAUUCUGAAGCGGAAAGGAUUCAUUAAAAUCGCAAUGAAACGGGGUGCCCACCUUGUCCCAAUCUUUUCAUUUGGGGAGAAUGAGCUGUAUCACCAGGUAUCUAAUCCCAAAGGUUCAUGGCUUCGGGAAAUUCAAGAAAGAAUGCAAAAAAUCAUGGGUUUUGCUAUGCCACUUUUUCAUGCCCGGGGGGUAUUCCAGUACAAUUUUGGUGUAGUGCCAUACAGGAUGCCAAUUCAUACUGUGGUUGGCAGGCCCAUUCCAGUGACUCAGGUGUCAAACCCAACAGAGGAGGACAUUGAAGCUCUUCAUAAGCGGUACCUCAGUGCCCUGCAAGAGCUGUUUGAAGAGAAUAAGGAAAAAUAUGGAAUCCCUGAACACAAGUCUCUCAUCUUUACAUGAUUCAAUUGAAAGGUUUACUACUGCCAUAGGUGCAGUAACCAGAGUUUAUAGAAUUGACUUUCUACUUUUCAAAUACAUGGUGUGGCGAAUCGGCACAAAAUGUAGGCCUAAAGAGAGUAACAUGUUGUCUAACUUAGACUGGCUUGAAUUGUUUUUCCGUCUCUAAAAGUCUACCAUAAAUUAUUAUACGUAGGUGCUUCUGAAUGAUCCAAGUUUUGUUUCCUGAUCAAUAAAGUCAUUACAGCACUAUGGUUAAUAUUGGAGACUUCAAAAUGAUGGUUUGAUAUAAAAUAACUCUUGCUAAGUAUAUAUUUAGAUGGGCUUUUAUUAUGAUACAAAGCGCAUGAGUGAGCUAAUACUGAUUAUACCACUGAGCAAAUUGUCAGUAGUGUGCUUCUGAAGUGGACAAUUACAGAAUGAAAGUAUUUUUGUCACUCCGAUAUUUUUUUGAAUGUAAGGAUAUUUUGCCAUCCUACAGCAAACUGGAUAGACGUUAAAGUGUUAACUGUUGCCAAGUCUCUGCUGCUCCGUUCGUGAUUAGAAAUAUAUCACAGUAAGAUGUUUUUUCUGUUUGGCUACGUUCACCUAAAAUUUGAAAUUCACUUUGCUAUCUUGCGUUAGUGAGUAACACUGUUAGUUCAUUGUAAACAGUCGGAACACAAGAGUGAAAACUUACGUUCUCACUGUUUUAGCAUCAUGGAUAUCAGACCAAUUUGUGUUGUCAUGGCAUGAAGUAACCACAUAAACCAAAACUGUUUUAUACAUCUUACAUGACCAAUAAACCUCUAAUUGCUGGUGCAAGGUCUUCUUCUGAGUUCCAUUGUCCUUGGUACUUAGAACAAAGUUAGAUGAAACCCCAACUCACACUAGGCCUUCUAAAUGCCAGACAUAGCACACACAUUGUCUUGUAAAGUGCAGGUCCAAACUCCGUCUCAGAGAAAAAAAAUCUGCCAAUAUAUAAAAUGGACUUGCCAAUACCAAUACUUCAACAAGCACCAAUACAGUGUGGGUUAAAAUGCUGCCAAAUCCACAUUGUUUAAUAGUCAAAGUGUUCCUUUGGGACUUGAUAUUCUAUAAAAAAAAAAAUCAUAAUUUUCAUCAAGGUUUAUAUAAAUAAAAUCACAAAGAACAGAAUUCUUCAGAGGGCGGUAUUAGGCAUAAAAGGAAUAUUAGUGUACGUUUUUCAUCAUUAUUAAAUUACUCCCCACUUCUUGGUGACCUGUAUACUGCAUGCUAGAGAAGAGCUAUAUUUUUUUUUUCCCUGCAUCAUAUGUAUGUAUGUUUGAAUAUAUGUAUAUCUGUGCAAUUAUGGAGUAUAUCUAAAAGAAUACACUUUUUUUUUUUUUUCCUCUGAAAAUGAUCGUCCUGCGGAUGGUAAUAUUUGAAUUGAAGAUAUUUGUGAAAUACGUUUCCUACGAGGCUGCGAAACACGGUGGCAUAUAGGGCACAUCAUGUUGGGGCUUAUCACUAUUGGUAUAUGGUAUGAAAUGACUCCAAAUCAAAUGGCAUGGGCACACCUUAUUAUGUAAAGCUCUUGAAAACUGCAAAAGAAAUCAAACUAUUUAUAUGGAUUAUUUAUAUAAUAUAUUAUCGAAAACAUAUCUAUACAGUAUUUUCAUUAGAAUUUAAAUACGUUAUAAUGGAUAAAAUCUGCCCAUGCACAUCUGUUCUCUCCAGGGCGUGUAAUUUGAGCUCAGAAUGAGUUAUGGAAACAUUGUUUUGAGAUUUCGUAAUA